AUGGAAGUAAAUGAGAAAUGUGAUAUGUAUAGCUUUGGAGUAUUAGCAUUGGAAAUACUCUUUGGAAAGCAGCCCAGUGAUGUCAUGUCUUCUUCAUGGAUUGUUGUGGCCUCAACACUAGAUAAUAUGUCAUUGCUGGAUAAGUUGGACCAACGUCUCCCUCAUCCUAUAUAUCCUAUUGUGAAUGAUUUAUUAUCAAUUGCAAGGAUAGCAAUUGGUUGCUUGAAUGAAAGCCCACGUUCUCGCCCUACCAUGAAGCAGGUUGUUAAGGAGCUUGUAUUGUCGAAGUAA